GUCGUAGUUAGUAGUCAGCGGUUAUUUGGAAGUUAUCGGGAGCAUAUCGGAAAAUGACGGCAAUAUUCCGUUAAACCUUCGCUUCAUAUUCGGAAAAUAAUCGGGAAAGAAAUUUGGGUCCAGUUUCCUAGCGGAAUUGCAUAUGGCGGACGUACACGAGACGUUCUACUGAAGAAAACUUUUAGAAGUCGUAAAAAAACUGGCUCAGAACUUGUGGAUAUUUAUACGAAAUUAGCAAUAAAGUAUCACUUGUGUCCUUCUUCAAAAUGGCUCGAAACGCAGAAAAAGCGAUGACUAUGCUGUCUCGAUGGUAUGAUGUCAAACGAAAAGAGGCAGGCAAGGGUGUUCAGGAGAGAAGACCAUUUUUAGCUACUGAGUGUGACAAUCUUCAAGAGGCAGAAAGAUGGAGACACCAGGUUAUAAGAGAAGUUGCAAAGAAAGUUGCACAAAUACAAAAUGCUGGUCUUGGGGAGUUUCGCAUACGCGAUCUUAAUGAUGAAAUUAAUAAAUUACUGAGAGAAAAAAGACAUUGGGAAGACAGAAUAAAGGAACUUGGAGGUCCAGACUAUGGGAAAAUUGGUCCCAAGAUGUUAGAUCAUGAGGGAAAAGAGGUGCCAGGGAACAGAGGAUAUAAAUAUUUUGGUGCUGCAAAAGAUCUUCCUGGUGUAAGGGAAUUAUUUGAACAAGAACCGCCAAAAGCACCAAGGAAAACAAGGGCAGAGUUAUACAAAGAUGUUGAUGCUGACUAUUAUGGAUACAGAGAUGAAGAUGAUGGUGUGUUGGUACCAAUUGAACAAGAAGUUGAAAAAGAUGCUAUAGCAAGAGCUAUGGAAGAAUACCAGCGACGAAAAGAGGAAGAAGUAGAUGAAGAAGAGGAGGAGGAAGAGGACAUCUAUGCUGUACAAGCUGGUGAAGAGGCAAGUGAUAAUGAGAUGGAGACAGAAGAAGGUGCAGAAGGAGAACAAACCUUUGUUUCUCAUGUUCCUGUGCCAUCACAGCAAGAGGUUGAGCAAAUGCUUGUUCAUAGGAAGAAAAUGGAACUACUAGAUAAGUAUGCCAGUGAAGCCCUGAUCCAGCAGAGUCAAGAAGCAAAAGCAUUACUAGGAAUUUGAUUGACAGAAUCUUUUAAACCUGGGUUUCAACAAGACAGGAUAUGCAAUGGACUGCCUUACUGUAAAAGGAGGAGUGAGUAAACCUAACUCCGUCUUCACUUCACCAUCUUAUCAUAACCCACUGCAUUGAGAGGCAGGAAAAAUAAACAAUCCUUCUUCCUCCUGUACCUAUCUCUCGUGGUUAAUGGAAAGUGACUUACCAACAACAGUUAUUCUUCUGAUAUUACAGUGUUAUACAAUAUGUAAAUACUGUACAUACGUAGUAUAGUUUUCGUAUCAAUCAACUUGAAGCAAAGUUAACAUUAUAACAGCAUUUUCCACAAAUAAUCUAAUGAUUGUGCCACAUGGGAUUGAAAUGUAGACAAGCCAAGCUUAGUACACAUGCUAAUUUGUAAUGCAACACUGUUUUAUUGUCUUGUUUUCAAUUCAUAGGAAAAAUAACUUUGGUUUUACAAAUAAUAUUAGAGACCUUUAGCAUCAGGCUUACCCCUAACCGCUAGGAAUCAGGCCCAAAAACGCUCUGCAAACACCGAGAAACAGUCUUAUCAUCAAUGAAAUUCAAUAUGGCUGCUCUUCCAGCAACAAUUCGUUAUAAAGUCUAGCUAAAUGUAAAAGUUUGAUGGAAAAUGCCUGACCUUGAACUCCAGUUCAUGCUUUGCAUUACUUAGCAAGAACGCCAUGCUAAAGGUUUCUAUUAAUAAAUCUUCUUUUCCUUGUAACCUGAGCCUUUUUUUAAAAAGUUAGUAAUAGUAGUAAAAAAGUAUGUAAUAGAAUGCAAACGUUAUACCUGCCAAACAGUACUAUACAAUUAGCAGCACUAAUUCCUAGUAAACACUAAAUGAUGAAACAAUAAGUACCAAAAUACGUUCUUCCACCAUAUUGCAUUAUUAAGUGUGAACUAUAUUUAGUACUGUUUUCUAGGGUAAGUGUGAGCACUCUCUGGCACUUUCCAUUAAGUCAAACUGAUCUCAAUCGGUACAUGGCAGUUCUCAGAACUGGAUCAGUGCGGCCUGAAGUAAUGCUAUAAACUAAUACAAACCAUUUAAGAACUGGCCACUCAAACUGAUUGGUUCAACUUAAUGGAAAGCACCCUUAGCCUCUAUAGAACAAAAUUUACCAAACAAAAGUCACCUGAUGAAAAGUUGGUUUAUUUAUUACUGAGUAUGUAGUGUAAAUACCUAUGGAAUAAAUUUAUAUAUUUUGGA